AUGCCUGGUUCAAAGUCAACGCGCUCCGUCCUGGUGACAGGUGCGCUUCUUUCGUUGGCAUCCCAGGCGCUGGGACACAUGGAGAUGAGCUGGCCUUAUCCUCUUCACAGCAAAUACAACCCUGAGAACAGCUACAACAUCAUUGACUACAGUAUGACUUCACCACUUUUCGCCGAUGGCUCCAACUUCCCUUGCAAAGGUUAUCAAAAUGAUCGACCUUUCGUUCCUGUCGUUACCUACUCUGCUGGUUCGACCUACAACAUGACACUCACUGGCUCCGCUACUCACGGUGGCGGUUCCUGUCAGCUUUCGCUCUCUUACGACAACGGCGCAACUUUCAGAGUCAUCAAGUCGAUGAUGGGAGGAUGUCCCUUGACAUCGACUUAUGACUUCACCAUUCCCUCUUAUGUUCCCAAUGGAGAUGCUCUCUUUGCUUGGUCCUGGCAGAACGAGAUCGGAAACCGCGAGUUCUACAUGAACUGCGCAACCGUCUCCAUUCAAGGUUCUUCGGCGUCAAAGCGCGAUACUGAGAGCUUCGAGGCUCUGCCUUUCAUCUGGAAGGCCAACCUUAAAGGUAUCAACGACUGUGUAACCGUUGAAGGUGACGAUCCUGUGUAUCCUGAGCCUGGUCCGCAGGUUCAAUACGGCGGCAAGAUUACUAGCUCUAGU